GCUUUGCCGGAGUUGAGAAAUGUUAGCGCCCCCUACAACGUGUUUCUAGAAACAACAUGGAGUCCAAAGAUGAAGAAUCUUCUAAUGCAGACGAAAUUUUAGGAAAUACCUCUGCUAAAGACGAUAAGACAGAUCUGACCGAGCAUGCAGACGACCCGGAGCUUGAUGACCUCUUAGACAGUGCACUGAAAGACUUUGAGAAGGCCUCUCAGGCUGUAUCUUCACAGGGAAGUAAAUCUAAACCAUCCACAGGUCACAGAGACAAGCCCCCAGAUGGAGCUGCUGCAGCAGCAGCAUUGUCAGAGGAAGCCAUGAUGAAUGAAGUGUUUGCCAGUGAAUUUGCUGAACAAGCAUCUAAACAGUUUGAUGAUGCCAUGAAAAAUUUAUUAGGAGACGAUCCAGAAUUAGUAGAACAGAUGCACAAACUAGCAUAUGCUGCUGAGAAAGCAGGUGAUGGCCAAGAAAAACAACAAGAAUUUGAGCAAACUCUAGCUGAAACAUUAGGGAGCCUAGCCCAGAAUACACAGGAAUUACAGGAUCACUUUCCAGAGGAGGAUCUAUUAGGGGCCUUGUCACACAUGAGUAUGCAGGAUAUCGAAGAAGGCAACCUAGAUUUCCUGCCUAUGAUGCAGGGGAUGAUGCAAAGCUUGUUAUCUAAAGAAGUUUUAUAUCCAUCAUUAAAAGAAAUAUCUGAUAAGUAUCCACAGUGGCUGGAAGAACACAAGGACACGUUAGAGAAAUCACAGUAUGACCAGUAUGAGAGACAAAAUGAGCUAAUGACCAGGAUAUGUGGUCACUUUGAGGAGGAGAAGAAGGAAGACAGUCCUGAGGUCAAACGACAGAGAUUCGAAAAAAUCAUAGAACUUAUGCAAAAGAUGCAAGAGUGUGGUCAACCCCCAUCAGAUUUGGUUGGAGAGAUGCCACCUGGUUUAGAGUUUGAUGCACAGGGAAAUCCCAAGAUGCCUGGUGCUCAAGAUGGUUGUACAGUCAUGUGAUGCCUUAACAUGAAAUGAUAAUGCAUUUCCAGCUAUCUUUCAAUUUUGGC